CAGGGUUAAGUGACUUGCCCAGGGUCACACAGAUAGUGAGUGUUGGGCCAGAUUUGAACUCCACUGUGCCACUGCACUGCCCCUGGUUGAAUUAUCAUAAACAAAUCCCACACCCUCCUUGGGGCACCUUAGGCCGAGCCUCCUCGUCUGCAGCUUGGCUGCUCCUCAGAAAGCCGAACCACAGUCAUCACUGGGCCUUGCCCUUGACCUGCCAGGAGUGAGCGCCACUGCCAUGGUUUUCAGAUGCCCCAGGAACCACCCCCCAGGGUGCACCUAGGACUGCCCCAGAGGAGGCUGCUUUGGUCAAACUCAGCUUCCCUCACUUUCUGUCUGCAGACACACCCUCCUUCCUUCCUAGUUGGUCUGUCACCGUUUCUCUGACACCAGCGGUUCAUCUGUUGACCCCGUUAUCCCGGCUGCCUAAUAAUUUAUAAAUCCUCACAAGUUGUUGAUGAGCUCCUAUUGGACCUUGGACCUUAUGAAACAGUAAAGAGCCGUUUUGCAGUGUACCCUCGUCCCUGGUUUGAUAUGUACCUAUCUGCCCGAGACUCCAUUGUUCUGAAUUUUAAUCCAUUCAUGUCUUUCAACCCUGACCCAAAGCCAGAUUAUAAUGACCAGCUCACACGAGCGACUAACUUAACUAUGUCAGCCAUGCGGUUUAUGAAGACUCUCCGGGCUGGCCUCCUGGAGCCAGAGGUGUUCCACCUCAACCCUGCCAAAAGCAACACCAAUAUCUUCAAGAGAGUUAUCCGCCUUGUGCCUUCAGCUCUGGCCUGGUACGGGGCUUACAUGGUCAACGCCUACCCCUUGGAUAUGUCACAGUAUUUUAGACUUUUCAAUUCAACUCGGCUGCCCCAGCCUGGUCGAGAUGAGCUUUUUACCGAUGAACAGGAAAAGCACCUCCUAGUGCUGAGAAAUGGGAAUUUUUAUGUUUUUGAUGUCCUGGAUCAAGAUGGGAAUAUACUCAAAGCCUCAGAAGUCCAUGCUCAUCUGAAGUACAUUCUCUCUGACAACAGCCCCACUCCCGAGUUCCCUCUGGCAUAUCUGGCCACUGAAAACCGAGACACCUGGGCAGGGCUGAGGCAGGAGCUGCUAAAUAAUGGGAACAAGGAAACGCUUGGGAAAGUGGACUCGGCCGUGUUCUGUCUGUGUCUAGAUGACUUCCCCAUCACAGACCUGGUCCAUUUGUCCCAUACCAUGCUGCACGGAGAUGGUGUCAACCGAUGGUUUGACAAAUCCUUCAACCUCAUUGUAGCCAAAGAUGGGAACGCUGCCAUCAACUUUGAGCACUCUUGGGGCGAUGGCGUCGCCGUGCUGAGAGUCUUCAAUGAGGUGUUUAAAGAUAGCACCCAGACCCCUGCCAUCACACCCCAGGCUCAGCCCGCACCCGUCGACUCCUCCAGGGUUGUGCGGAGACUCAAUUUCAGAUUGAACGAGACCUUGAAAGCUGGAAUUGCCAAAGCCAAAGAGAAGUUUGACUCCACCAUGCAGACCCUUAGUAUCGACAGCAUCCAGUUUCAGAGAGGAGGCAAAGAGUUCUUGAAGAAGCACAAGCUCAGUCCUGACGCGGUGGCUCAGCUCUCCUUCCAGAUGGCCUUUCUCCGACAGUACGGGCAGACGGUGGCCACCUACGAAUCCUGCAGCACAGCAGCGUUCAGACACGGCCGCACCGAGACUGUGCGUCCGGCUUCCAUGUUCACCAAGAAGUGUUCAGAGGUGUUUGUCAGAGAGCCUUCCAAGAACAGCCCAGACCAGCUGAAGGAGUUGAUCGCCCAGUGCUCUAAGUACCACAGCCAGCUGACGAGGGAAGCCGCCAUGGGCCAGGGAUUUGACAGACACUUGUUUGCCUUGAGAUACCUGGCUGCAGCUAAAGGCCACAAGCUGCCCGAGUUGUACCAGGACCCAGCCUACGGGCAGAUCAACCACAACAUCCUGUCCACCAGCACCCUAACCAGCCCUGCCGUGAACAUCGGGGGCUUUGCCCCCGUAGUCCCUGAUGGCUUUGGUGUUGGCUACGGGAUCCAUGAUGACUGGAUUGGCUGCAAUGUCUCCUCCUACCCGGCCCGCAAUGUCAGGGAGUUCCUCCAGUGUGUGAAUAAGUCCUUGGAAGAUAUUUUUGAUGUCCUAGAAGGUAAACCUGUCAGAAGUUAGCAGGAGAGGGCAGGGCUCUUUCAGUACCUAGUGCCUUUCUAGUGGUAACUGGGGAAGCAGGAGUUGGUAGAGACUGUUCUCUGAGCUUUAGAAUCAAGAAAUGCCCGAGUAACUGAAACAAUCAUGUUUUAACUCUAAAAUCAUGAAUCUGACAAAAUGAAUGAGUUAUUUAAAAUAGGAUGGAUUGCACAAGUUAGACAGUGAAUCAUGACGUCUAGGGGCUUCUUUGUGGGUAGGAUUUGAGCUGGAUGGAGGAGGCCGCCAGCACCUGCCUGGUUAGUGUGGUACAGGCCUGGUCAGGGUCCCUCUGGGAAACCAUCUCAGCGCCUUGUUGAGAAUCCUGUGUCGUAGGCAUUGGGGGUGAUCUGCUGGUUGUUGGACAUUGAUUCUUCUGCAAUAAACUCUCCUCUUGAAACCA